AUGCCUCAUCUAAUACUAACAGCAUUUCUAGCGUGUACCUGUCAGCAGUACACGUUUCAGAAGGAGAAUGACCUGCGGACACUUCUGUUUGAGAACCAGUCCUACAACAUGUUUGCUCGUCCACGUGUAAAAGUAGAAAUCACCGUCUCAUUGAACAUCAUCAAUUUUAACGACUUGAAUAUAAGGGACCAACAGUUGACAACAACAGGUUACUUUAUAUUGAAAUGGAAGGAUGAUCGGCUUUUCUGGGACAAAAAUCCACUCUACAGAAAAGAUGUUACGGUUCUAUUUACAACGGAGGAACAUGUUUGGCGCCCAGCACUGGUUAUAGAGAACUCAGUUAGUGACAUAUCAGCGAUGAGCGACAUUGGCAGUCCAAUACUUCUAACCACUAAGGGAACAUUAACCUGGAGACUUUCAGGAAUCUUCACAACAUACUGUGAAGUAGACAUAUCGUUGUAUCCGUUUGACACACAGAUAUGUUCAAUACGUGUGACGUCAUUAGGGUACAGCGCCAAUGAAAUAGAGCUUUUCUUUAGCGACACACCUGUUGAUACGCGAGAUCUGAAUGAAAACGGGGAAUGGAUUUACACUGGGUUUUCAACAUCUAAAGGCUUGGUUAGAAGGGAACUUCUCACCCACUCGGAACUGACAUUUGAUUUUCAAUUGAAGCGGAGACCAUUGUACCAUAUAAUGAACACUUUGGUUCCAACAAUAUCGUUGGCAUUUCUCACCUGUAUGGUAUUCAAACUUCCCGCCGAAUCGGGUGAAAGGAUCGGAUAUUCCUUGACAGUAGUGCUGUCGUAUGCGGUCUACCUUACGUUAGUGGCAGACAAUAUUCCUUCCUCCUCCACAACAGUCUCUGUUUUGUCUAUCUAUCUUGUUACAACUCUAAUACUUGGAAUGCUGUCUGUACUACUGACGAUCCUUGUUCUUGACUGCCAUCACGCUGAUCAUAGCAGGCCAGUUCCGAAACUACUCAGACAAUUUUGUAGGAUGGACAUAAUGAUAACAAUAUGUGCAAAGCUUAAACCCCGAAAGAAGGUUGCAGAUAGCGCGGACGACACCUCUAAAUCUCACUCGGACAUUCCUUCAAGUGUGGACAUUUCGCUUCAAGAUGUGACAUGGCAGGAUUUAGCACGAAAACUAGAUCGGAUGUUCCUUUGGUGGUACAUAGCUAUUGUAACUAUGGGAACCAUGUCCUUAGUCAUCGCUUUAAAUACAGGUUAUCAGAACUAG